UUUGUGCGCAAUUCAAGACUUUCAGCCGAAAGCUCAGCCAAUCCGAAUUAUUGUUCCUCCUCCCUUCCCUUCCCUUCCCUUUCGUCAAUCCAGGCAUGGCGCCCUUUCUCGGCGAACUGAACAAGGAAUCGUUCGUAGCCCUUUUGAAAAACCUCAUCGGAGAAUCAAAGUACGUCCAGAACAACCCGCCAGAAUUGAUCCCGGAGGAGGACAGAAUUGUGAAGCACUUGCUGGAAGUGCUCCUCCCUUUCAGUACCACUACUGGUGGCGGACCGCUGAUCAUCAACCAUGUCGCCUACAAGCCCAACAGAGGAAACCUUAUUGUGGAGUAUCCCGGAACCGAGCCUAAUAAAAUCCUUUCCUUCGUUGGCAUGCAUAUGGAUGUCGUCACCGCCAACCCUUCUGAUUGGGAAUUUGAUCCUUUUUCACUGAGCAUUGAUGGAGAUAAACUUCGUGGACGUGGAACUACUGAUUGCCUCGGGCAUGUUGCUCUUGUUGCUGAACUUAUGAAGAAACUAGGAGAGACAAAACCAAAAUUGCAGUCCACUGUUGUUGCUGUCUUUAUUGCCAGUGAAGAGAACUCGUCUAUUCCUGGGGUUGGUGUGGAUGCGUUGGUGAAGGAUGGACUGCUUGAUAAGUUAAAACAUGGCCCUUUGUUUUGGAUUGAUACAGCAGAUAAACAGCCUUGCAUAGGCACGGGCGGUAUGAUACCAUGGAAGAUCCAUGUCACGGGAAAGCUUUUCCACAGUGGUCUGGCCCAUAAGGCUAUUAAUCCUUUGGAGCUAGCAAUGGAAGCACUAAAAGAGAUCCAGUCACGGUUCUACAAGGAUUUCCCACCUCAUCCUAAGGAAAAAGUUUAUGGAUUUGCAACACCAUCAACAAUGAAGCCGACACAAUGGUCUUAUCCAGGGGGUGGGAUCAAUCAAAUUCCAGCCGAAUGUACAAUCUCAGGGGAUGUGAGGUUGACUCCAUUUUACAGUGUAUCAGAUGUUUUGAAGAAAUUACAAGAAUAUGUUGAAGAUUUAAAUCAAAACAUAGAAGUACUUGAUUCUCGGGGUCCUGUAUCUAAAUAUGUCCUACCAGAUGAAAAUCUCAGGGGAAGGUAUGUCUUUAACGAAUUGAGAUGUUGUAGUGAUAACAUUCAGACAAAAUUUUGUAGAUGAGUAGCUUUUAAAUUGAGAACUUGUGGAUGAAUAGCCCUUAUGUUGACAAACCGUAAAUUCCACCUGGGUGUUGACCAACAUGGCUCCCUUGUUUUCUUUGAAUUUACCUUGAAAGGUUGCCUUCCUGUUUUUAAGAAGUAAGCAGGAUAUUAUCUAGGAACUUCAAAUUUUCAAAUAAAAUAACAAUAAAAAAGAAAGAGUUCAAAAUUCCGGGCAAGUUUUCCAUGGAACUCUGGAUGGUUUGUUGUAAGCUUUGAUAAAUUAUGGAUACUCUCCAAGAGGAGAUAGAACUGUUAUUUUCGUAUCUUAUAAAAGGAAUAAUGCGCUGGAGGAAAUGAAUGGAUUUCGAAACUAGUAGAUAUAGAUGUAGCGGAGAGCGCUUUGUCUUGUAUAUAGAGUGUGUUGAUCAAUGUGAAUAAGCACCAAGAGGCAGUUUUUUUUUCCUUUGUGAUUUUACUGGCACUUGAAGUUGAUGUAUAUAUUUCCUUCAAUCAGAAUAACAAUAAGUUUUGAUGAGGCGAGUUCUGGAGUUGCUUGUAAUCUUGAAUCCCCUGGCUUUCGUGUACUGUGCAAAGCCACUGAAGAAACAGUCGGGCAUGUAAAGCCUUACUCUAUUACUGGUACCUUGCCAUUGAUAAGGGAAUUGCAGGUAAAGCACUUUUCUUGAUGUUUUCUUGUUUCUUUUUAAUAACGGUUACUGUUCUCAUCGUGUGGAGUUGCAGGACGAGGGCUUUGAUGUUCAAACUGCCGGCUACGGUAAGAGGCUCCUGCUACUUAAUGGUCUACUAACUGUAGUUUCAGCAGUAAUUCUUAACUCACUGAGUUUUGUUUUUCCAAUGCCACAGGCUUAAUGGCUACCUACCAUGCUAAGAACGAGUAUUGCCUUCUAUCUGAUAUGUGCCAAGGCUAUCAAGUCUUUACCAGUAUCAUCUCACAAUUAGAAGACUACUGAUAGUCACAGGCUGCAAGAUAUUAAUAAAUCUUAACCACCGCACAUAUGACGAAGAGAAAGACAAUCCCUACCCACCUCUGUUUGAAUGUAUUGAGGUCUUGGAGACGCUUAGAGUCAUCAUAUUUCUAGGGUCAGGCAACAGAACUCGCGGUGGUUUUUGAUGGAGUCAUUAGCCGAUAGAACCCAUGAUGAGUCAUUUGUCAGCUCUCUUUUGAAGUUCUGCAUACAGACUAAUGAAUAGAUUCCUGCAUAAACACUUUUUCUAAAGUAGCAAUCAUAUUAAUCUGCUUCUUCUCCAGAAAGGGAAAUGCGCGUGCCAGAGACACCAAUUGUAGUUGUUUGAUUUAGUACCUUAACCGAUUCUCCUAUUUUUGGCAAUGCAUUACAUUCUUUGGUUCUUUAUUUCUUGUUUUAGUUUGUUCCAUUUUAAAUUUUCCCGGGCAAUUGUUCUGAUCAUCCGUAAUACAUAAUCCAG